AACCCUAAAAACCCUCUCAUUCUUUCUCUCUCUUCAAAAUCAAAACCUUAACUACUUUCUCUCUCUAGAGGCCCAACCACCAUCACCAUGGCCACCGGCGAGGACGGUUUCGCGGGAGGCAGGCUAUUCAACCAGGGCUACUCCUACACCUACGAUGACGUCAUCUUCCUUCCUCACUACAUCGACUUCCCCACUGAGUCCGUCCAACUCGCCACCCGACUCAGCCGCAACGUCCCUCUCUCCAUCCCCUGCGUCUCAUCGCCAAUGGACACCGUCACCGAGUCCCACAUGGCCGCCGCCAUGGCCGCCCUGGGCGGAGUCGGCAUCGUCCACUCCAAUCUCAAUCCCGCCGACCAAGCCGCCCUCGUCCGAUCCGCCAAGGCUCGCAAAGUGCCGAUCUUGUCGAGCCCCGUGUUCGCAUCUCCGUCGGGUCGGAUCGAGUCGGAGGAGGAUUUCAGUUCCAGCCCGUAUGUUCUGGUGACGGAGUCUGGCGCUGCAAGGUCGAAGCUUCUGGGGUACGUGGCGAAGGCGGAUUGGGUGGCAUUGCCGAACAAGGAGGUGAAGAUUUACGAUUACAUGGUGAAGUCGUCGUCAUCGGACUUGGUGGUGCCGUGGGAUUACGAUUUGGAGCGAAUCGGGUGGCAUUUGGAAGAGAAAAAGAGGGAUGUGGUGGCGAUGGUGAAGGACGAUGAGGUGGUGGAUUUGGUGACGAAGAAGGAGGUGGAGAGGAUCAAAGGGUAUCCGAAAUUGGGCGUGGGCAGUGUGGGACCCGACGGGAAGUGGAUAGUAGGAGCGGCAGCUGGGACGAGGGACCAGGACAAGGAGAGGUUGGAGCAUUUGGUGAAGGCAGGGAUAAAUGUGGUGGUGUUGGAUAGUUCUCAGGGCAACUCCAUCUACCAGAUUGAGAUGAUCAAGUUCAUCAAAUUGACUUACCCGGAGCUGGACGUGGUUGGUGGAAAUGUGGUCACCAUGAGCCAAGCUCGCAAUCUCAUUCACGCUGGUGUCGAUGGCUUGCGCGUUGGGAUGGGCUCCGGCUCUAUCUGUACCACCCAAGAGGUCUGCGCCGUCGGCCGAGGCCAGGCAACCGCAGUAUACAAGGUUGCGUCUGUUGCUUCACAAAGUGGUGUGCCUGUAAUUGCUGACGGUGGCAUUUCAAACUCUGGACACAUUGUCAAGGCUUUGGUUCUAGGAGCAUCUACAGUCAUGAUGGGGAGUUUCUUAGCUGGAAGCACGGAGGCUCCAGGGGCUUAUGAGUAUCAGAAUGGUCGCCGGGUCAAAAAGUAUCGAGGCAUGGGCUCCCUUGAAGCAAUGACGAAAGGGAGUGAUGCAAGGUACUUGGGUGAUAAAGCAAAGCUUAAGAUUGCUCAGGGAGUUGUUGGGGCAGUUGCAGAUAAAGGUUCCGUCUUGAAGUUCAUACCCUACACUAUGCAAGCAGUUAAGCAAGGCUUCCAAGAUCUUGGCGCUUCCUCUCUACAGUCGGCUCAUGACCUCUUGAGAUCGGAGGUUUUAAGGCUGGAGGUACGCACCGGCGCAGCUCAAGUAGAAGGUGGUAUUCAUGGACUGGUUUCUUAUGAAAAGAAAUCGUUCUGAUAUUUAACCCUUCUUCAGUAAUUAUAGCUUUGCGCCAGUAAUUGGGUGGAGAGCAUGUUGAGCGUUGUGCAAGAAAACUGAGGUUCCUUUCGAGCAGUCUAAUUUAGGGCACGCCAUUAUUCUCUGCCUUGUUUUGUUGGUUAGCAUGAGAGCUUGAGCAAUAGCGGCAAGUUUAUAAUUCAUAUGUAAUGACAGUUUCUUAUUUACUGAAAAUAAUAAUAAUUUAUUAAGAAAUUUUUAUCUCUAA